GUUCCCACAUCACUCUCACAAACCAAUGGUGGGCCAUGGAAUCUCCCCCCCUCUCUCCCCUCAUGGUGUUUCUUAAUUGAUCACUCUCUCUCUAUAUAUAUACAUGUGUAGUACAUUUUAUCAAAGGCAUAUGGAGACGAUAGCCUUUUGUAUAAAGUUGUGUGUAUUGGAUAGUUUUAGUGGUGGUGGUGGUGGUGUGGUGCAAUAAUAUUGUUAUUAUUAAGUGAUGGGGAGACAACCUUGCUGCGAUAAGCUUGGUGUGAAGAAGGGUCCAUGGACAGCCGAGGAAGACAAGAAACUCAUCAAUUUUAUUCUCACAAAUGGCCAGUGUUGUUGGCGUGCCGUGCCUAAGCUCGCCGGACUCCGCCGCUGCGGCAAGAGUUGCCGGCUUCGCUGGACUAACUAUCUUAGGCCUGACUUGAAGAGAGGUCUUCUUACGGAAGCUGAAGAACAGUUGGUUAUCGAUCUUCAUGCUCGUCUUGGCAAUAGGUUCUUAUUCUUACCACUCCGGUGGUCAAAGAUAGCAGCAAGAUUACCAGGAAGAACUGAUAAUGAGAUUAAGAACCAUUGGAACACCCACAUCAAGAAAAAGCUUCUUAAGAUGGGGAUCGAUCCUGUUACUCACGACCCCUUGCACGAAAAUAAUAAUCAACAAGCUAAGCCAGCAGAGGAAAUUAGUUCUUCUCCUGCUAAUCAUCAUCAUAUUGUGCCUGAAGCCAAUUCCGAGGAAAAUCAUAGCUCAAGUAGUUCAUCACCAACUGAAAAUUGUUCAUCAACUACUACUACAACAACUACUACUGCUGAUGAUUCUGAAUUAAUAGAUAAUAUAUGCAUUGAUGAGACGUUACUGAAUAGUCUUUUGAUGGAUGAUGAUCAACCUCCCCUAGUUGAUGCAAUUUCUUGGAACAACAACAACAGCAACGACAACCUGCCGCAGGCACCGGCCGCCGCGGAAAAUCACGGCGAGACAGUGCCUAGCUUGCCGUCUUUGGAGGAUGAUUGUUCCUUUUUGUUCGAUUGUCAAGAUUUUGGGGUUCACGAUUAUGGUCUGGACUAUUGUUUCAGUGACAUUGAGUUUGGUACAGUACUGAACUCAUUAGAGAUGACGGACAAGCACUAGCAUAUACAUAUACAUAUAUGUGUAUAUAUACAUAUACAUAUAUAUAUAUAUAUGAUCAUGAUCAUUUUGUGUUU